AUGCGUUGUCGACAAAUGGCAUUGCGACUUGCGCUCGCGCUUGCACCAUCCCUCGCUGCGUCCAAGCUGCUCACCGUCACGCAGUACCCGAGCACAUGCAGUGCACACUACUCUAGCUCCUCAUGGCCAAGCAGCAGCUCAAUCGACAUCACUCCAACAACGAGUCAGUCCUCCGAGACAGCUUCUAUGACAGUUCCGUCCAGCUCCCCGAUUCCUCACGUUGAUAUCUGCCCGGACUACAACGGACAGAACUACACAAAUCCAGCCAGUGGCACGUAUGGCGUGCAUUGCGACAUUGCGGUGAAUGGCACUCGGCUCUCCAGCAUCAUGGCCAGGCAAGCGACGAUGGUUGAGCAAUCUUCCCAACAGGACUGCAUUACGGCAUGCCAACAGAAUGAUGCAUGUGUUGCUCUUAACCUCAGUCCAACAUCAUGCGAAUAUUUCAGCAACGUCACUGGAACAACAGAUGCACCAGGGUUUGCGGCUCUUGUCAAUUUACCGGCCGAGCGGACCGUGGUCAGCACCCUGAUUAUCAGUGUUCCUUAUACCACCACUCCCAUCAGUCAGGUGGUAUCGACAGCAAUCUCGACAUCUGUCAGUCUGGUGCCCACAACGAUCGUAUCCACAUACAUAAGCACCUCGGUCAGCACAGUACCGACGACUAUAUUGUUCACUGUUAUCUCGACAUCAAUCAGUACAGUGCCGACCACAGUAGUCACCACCACUGUAAGCUUGUCAACGAGCACGUUGGUCGCAACUGUCGACCAGACACGCUAUGUCACAGCAACAACAGCCAUUCCGACGACCGUCGUAUCGAGCUACAUCAGCACCACACUGGAGACUGUAUAUUUUCCAUCGGUGGCUACUGCUACUAGCUUGGUUGUCUCGACGGUUUUCUUCCCCACGACUACGACGUCUAUUAGCCUAGUGCCGACUACGGUUGUCUCCACGUCGCUGAGCAGUUACCCCGUUACAACAAUACUGGUACAGACAGCUACCAGCCUGGUUCCCACGACGCUUGUGACGACCUAUAUCACGACAGAGACCGCCACUGAAACCGCAACAGAGACUACGGUCUCUAGCUACGGGGUCACAGCCACCGAGACCACGUCAGAAGUUAGCACACAAGUCACGACUGAAAGAGUCACUGCAACACCAAGCGUGAUUACCCUACCCAACAAUCUGGGUACUCAAUUCGGCGGCGUCGAUGUUACCAAAGGAUUUGCAAACCCCAACUUCAUACGGCCUGGUCUGUUCAACCUGGGCGGACUUCCAGGUAGCGAAUAUGACACACAAACAGUGUACUAUGGCGCUACCGAAGGACAGUGGACAUAUCAUAUUCCCGAAUUUUUAGGGUUCACCUGGGCUUCGCAGCUGAACACCGAGACCGUCACUGGCGAGACCAAGAGCGAAAACCAGCGCAGUCUCAGUGAAAAGUUCUCUGCCAACAUCGGUUUCGCAGGCUUCGGUCUGGAAAUACAGCAUACUUUUGAAGAGACGACCAACGUCGAGACUUUUCACAAAUAUGCGUCCUUGUACGCACGACAGCAGAUAUAUCGUGUCAGUGUGCGCGAGUUCCCUGCUGCAUUACAAAGCUACUUGAGCGAACGUGCCCUCAGACUGUUCCGAGAAGGAGACCCAAAGGCCAUUGUGGACACAUUCGGCACGCAUUACAUGACUUCAGCAAGCUUUGGUGGAAUGAGGCGAUUCGCAAGCACGCUCGACGUUCGGGACGAAGGAAUAUCUACCAAGCUUGGCCAAGCAUUAAAGAUGAAGUUCGCUGUCGAGACAGAGGCAGGAGAAGUAUCUGGAGGUGCUGGUAACGAGAACACGGAUGCGACGGUACAGAAAAUCCAUAAUCAGAUGGACGUGAAGAACUCGAUAGUUUUCGGUAGAACUUAUGUGGAAGGCAAAGAUGAUAGCUGGAUCCCGUCACUGUAUCGAAACCCAUCAGCGAUCGAUUUCGAACUGGCUAGUCUGUCGGACUUGAUCCUCGAUCCGGCUAUCAAGGCAGCCGUGCAGGCGGAGAUUGCCAGCAGGAUGUCAAGCGACCAGGUGACAAGUAACGCACAGGCUUUAGUUAUGUGGGAAUCGCUCAGAGACAAGGUGGAUGACGCUGGCAGUGGAGCCCACAACAGUUGGGCGACCGCCACUGUCAACCCUAAGCAAGGCUGGUUCACCCUUGGUCAAUACGGUCUAUCUGGCGAAGCUCUUAAUUGGUGGUCUCCGACUCGUUCGAAGGGACUACUAAUCCGAAAUAUUCCGGGGUCAAAUCAGCAGCUCAUCAGGAGACCGGAUGACAUCGACGGGCGUUGGGGCCAUGCGCCACAUUACGGACUCUAUGAGAUGAUUUCCAGAACACCCGGUUACUACGCACUCUCAGGAUUCUAUUAUCGAGACAACCACGCAUCAUUCCAGCUUAUGGAACAAGAGAACCCUGGCAUGGUCCACGAGAGCCUCACCCUCGAAGCGUCUGAUGGAGGCGAACUUUGGAAUGAUAGUGGCUCGGGUGUCAACCAAGAUGCUCGAGUCCACUGGGUCAAUCAAGGGCCGCCAGAUGAUGAUUCGAUCAGGAUUCUGCAAAUUCCGGACGGACAGCCCCAGGCAUACUUCUUCCACACUUGGCGGGGAGACCGCGAUGGAGGGGGAUCGGACAUAAGGUACAGGCGCUUGGACUUUUCGAAGGUCCAGUUCGUUUCGAACAAUUUCAUCAACCCAGCAUAA